UGCUUGCAGACCGGAUUUCCUGGUGCUUUUAACCCUAGAGUUGUAAUAAUAGUUGUUGUUUGUAGGGGUCGCUGAAUAAACCCGGAACUUUAUAGUUAUAGUGACUUGGCAGCGUUGUGUCUCCGCACCCCAGUAGAAGCAAAGACAGAAGUUUAUGCUGUUUUGAAUUCAGCCAUUAAAUGAAAUCCCUGUGGAAUUCCAACCCGAACAUCUUCACAAGUGAAGUGGGAGAAAUAGACCAUGCUAGAAAGUUGUCUUCAUUUAUUCAUUUUAGGCCUAACAACCUGCAUUGCAAAACAAGUGCUAACAGUGGGUGGAAGUGCUCACCAGAUCCCUAGAUAUUCUACCUAUGAGAUUGUCACUCCUCAAAGACUAUUGGAGAAGGAGAAGCGCUGGGCACAUCUUCAUGAGGAACAUUUAGGUAAUGAAUUAUCUUACUUGAUUCAAACUGGAAAUGGAACACACAUCUUGAAAUUAAAGAAAAAUAAACAUCUUAUUGGUGAAAAUUUCAUAAUAUUUACUUACAGCAAUGAUGGGAAAUUGGAGACAACGCCCUUUGAAGCCAAGACUCACUGUUAUUACCAUGGAGUUCUCGAGGGAGUUGCGGACUCUCUGCUUGCUUUCAGUACCUGUGAUGGACUUAGGGGAAUCCUCCAUAUUGGUGGCAAACGGUAUGGUAUGGAGCCAAUUGAUGGAUCAGAUCAAUUUGAACACAUUUUAUAUCGAGCGGAAAAUUUUUCUCAAGAUUCUUUUCUGUGUGGUGUGCAAAAUAAUCACCUGUAUCAUCCUCAGCAGAACAUAGAGGCUUUUCUGAAAUACACAAAUAUAUCAUAUGGUCAUUCUAACAGGGAUACAGUUCUACGGAGGAGACGUGCUGUGCUGCCACAAAAAAGCUAUGUCGAACUAUAUAUGGUUGUGGAUAACAAGAAGUAUUUGCAGCUACGUGAUGAGGCAGCUGUAACCAAGGAAACAGUUGAACUGGUUAAUUACGUUGAUGCGAUGUUCAAUUCUUUAAACAUACAAAUUGUCCUUGUUGGACUGGAGAUAUGGACUAAAGAAAACUUCAUAGAUGUGGAUAUGAGUUCAGCUGGAGACGUACUGAGUGCAUUUGUGGCAUGGAGACAGAAAGCUCUUGUAAAGCAACCAAGAAAUGAUAUUAGCCAUCUUAUCAUAGGGAGAGAGCCAUUUGGUAUGACAGUUGGAAUGGCUUUUGUUGGGACAGUUUGUAACCGGGAUUUUGGAGGGUCAAUCAGCACUUUUAAACAUCAGGAUGUGAUUGGUCAUGCUUCAAUAGUUGCACAUGAACUGGGACAUAAUCUGGGUAUGAAUCAUGAUGAUAAAGGAUGCCCGGGUUCCUACAUUAUGCACAGUACAGCUAUGGGGUCCAAGAACUUCAGCAGCUGCAGUUCCAAUGAUUUUGAAAACCUUAUCUUGAAAGGUGGUGGAAGCUGUCUUAGAAACCCUCCCAAACCAAGUGAUAUCUUCACAGAACCUGUUUGUGGCAAUCAAAUAGUAGAUAAGGAUGAAGAAUGUGAUUGUGGCACACCAGAAGAGUGUUCCAGCCCUUGCUGUGAUGCUGCCACCUGCAAACUAAAGUCUGGGUCAGAAUGUGCAGAAGGUUUAUGUUGUGACAAUUGUAAGUUCAAAGUAGCAGGAGUACAAUGUAGGCCAAAAAUGAACGGCUGUGAUCUCCCUGAAUAUUGCAAUGGAUCUUAUGCCUACUGCCCAGAAGACGUGUAUAUCAUGAAUGGCAAUCCUUGUAACAAUAUGCAAGAGUACUGUUAUAAUGGAAUUUGUCAGAAUUACGAUUCUCAGUGUGAAUCCCUUUUUGGAAAAGGCACAAAAAAAGGACCAGAUAUUUGUUUUGAAACUGCCAAUAGUAAAGGAGACAGAUUUGGCAACUGCGGAAUGACAGGAACAAAUUUUGUUAAAUGUACCCAGGCUAAUAGUUUGUGUGGGAAGCUUCACUGUACAUCUUUCAGUCCUAAUAAUCUUCCUCCCGAAGCUUACAUCCAGAACCAACAGGGUGUUUUAUGUAUGACUACUGAUUUUGACUUAGGAUCAGAUGUUCCUGAUCCAUCCAUGGUUCAGAAGGGCACAGCUUGUAAAGAAGGGAAGGCCUGUGUUGAUUUCAAGUGUGUGAAUUCAAGCUUGCUUGGUUAUAACUGUGAUGUAAAGAACAAAUGUAAUGGUCGUGCGGUGUGUAACAACAAAGGCAAUUGCCAUUGUGAUCCUGGAUGGGCACCUCCCUUUUGUGACAAAUCUGGAUAUGGUGGCAGCAUAGACAGUGGUCCGACUCACAUAGAUACAUCACUUCGAGACGGUCUACUAGUAUUUUUCCUGCUUGUGUUGCCUGUGCUAAUUGUAGCAGUGAUUGCAAUUGUUAAGAGGCAUGCAAUUGAAAGAAGGCUUUGCAGAGAAUGUAGAAGACGCCGCAGGGCUAAAAAUGCACAGCAGGCAAGGCAGAAUAAUACGCUAAGUGGGCCAAACCAACCUAAUGCAGUGAACAACAGGAGGCUUGCUACAUCAAAUUCUGGAGUCUUUACAAUAUCUCACUUUCCUACACCAAGGCCACCAGUACAACAACUACCCGGUCCACCUCCACCAAGACCUCCUUUGCGACCCCCAAUCCCACCAAGGCCUGUGUAUGAAAAACCAUCCUGAAAGAGUCUCAUCCGUUUAGACAGACACCUUGGGUAUAAGGAAAAAAAUGUGCCAAUGCUAAAUCAAUGACAUGAUUUUUCAAGUAUUGUUUUUACCAAUGUACAAGUGAAGACCUCAUUUUAACUAUCGAUAUUUUAAUUAACGAAUCAGGAUGAAUAUGAUUUUGUUUUAUUUUUUGAAAGAUCAGUGGAUUGGCUCUAGCAAGAUAAAGUUGCUUUGAUUAGAAGAAUAAAGGAGAAUGCUUAGGUUAGCAUUGUCCUCACAACACAAGCAAAUACAGCCUUUGCCUCUCACACACUAAAUUUCUAUGAAGAAGUGUUGCUUUUAAGUUGAGCUGCUCUAGACAUACAAAAAAGUAUUUUGUGAAGAAAUAUAAUGAAGACAGGGGUGAACCACUUAGAAAAUUAUAUACAUAAGGGGACAAGCACUUUUUCCAGAUGCUCUUGAAUGAGUUUAAUGCUCUUUCUUACUUACGCAUCCCAGUUUAUCAGCUGUGGUCAAGAGCAUGGAAACAGGCAUCUCUGCAUAAAUUACAGUUCUGGGUUGGGUGCAUGCACACAAAAAGGUGCUGAAUAGGUAGGGGACACCUCUAUCCAGUAUAUCUUCAAAUAUUAAAGAACAAAUGUUUUUAUAACCAUGUUAGCGAGAUAUUUCUAGAGGUAUUUUCUAGGCGAAACAUACAACAAAGAUGCAUUGUUAUACUGGAAUGAGUAUGGCAUUGAUAAAUGUAAAUGGAAGACUUAGUGCAACCCUAAGAAGAGUUACACUUUUCUAAGCCCAUUGAUUUAACUGGAUUAACAGGGUUUGACUUUGUUUAGAAUUGCUCUGCUAGUGUCUUCCAUUCCUAUAGUUUAAACAUUUGAAAACUAUGCAUCAUUCAUUACUUCAAAUAUAUAGUAUAGAUUUUGGUGACAGUAUUGUACUAUCAAGAGGCAGUAAAAAUCAAACCUAGUAAGUCUUCCAUACUACCUUUAUUUUGCAAAUGAAGAAUAUAAAGUUUGAUUGCUGUGAAUUUUAUACCUCAAUCAGUAGACCAUUUGCCAGAGUAUUUAUUUUACUUGCUGCUAUCUCUUAAUGAAAUCUGGUAAUAUGCAACAGUGCAUGCUGAUAUUUAGCCUAUUAAUAAUUCUGUACUGAAGAGAAUUAAGACCGGCCAUGAAGGAUCUAAGAUUAAUUUAGCCCCACAAUUGCCACAUUUCAGGUAGAGAUCAAUUAGUAAUUUUUCUGUGGAUUAAUUUCAUUUAGGAUUGCUAACCUUGGCUUGGAAAAUUCCUGGGGAUGUUUGGGUGAUGCCUGAGGAGGGACUUCAGCUUUUUCUAGGACUCUAUUGUAUAUCAUUGAGUCCACUCUUCAAAGCUCCCAUUUCAUCCAGGGGAACUGAUCUCUAAUCUGGAAAUCAGAUCAGUUGAAAUUCUGGGAGAACUCCAGACCCAUCUGGAGGUUAGUAACCCCAAUGAUAGGAAACAAACAAAACAUGGUUUUGUGGGGCAAAAAUGGUUUGUUUCCUUACCCAUUAUAUAUCUGCUUUAAACCAAUCCCCACGUCUGCUAAUUAUGCAUAAUAUCUGCUUGGGUAAAUGUAUGAUGUGAAAGAUGUAAUUUUGGGAAAUCUCCAAAUAUUUUGCUCAAGUAUUAUAUGUUCCUAUAUAGAUUGUUCUAGAAUAUACACAUUAUGCAUAAUCAAUUAAAUCUCUAUGCUCCGUCAGCACAAUUUAUGACCCACUCCAGCCAAACACAACCCGCAAGCCUGUCACAUUCCUGUGCUUGCAGAUAAGCAGCAAAUUCCCGAGGUCUCAGCCCCUCGUAGGCUAUCACAUCUGGCUCGUUUGGCUUGAUGAGUUGCAAGUUGUGCAGACCUGCUUUAACUUUGUAUCCUCUCCAAAGAUUGCUUUUAAGACAACUUUAAAGCCUUUCAAAUGUCAAACCUUGUGACAUACCAUGAGGAGAGCCAGAAAUAAGAAUAUACUGUUGCACUGAAUUCAAAUGUCUUUAAAAAUACAUGAACAACUGAUAUAAUUUAAGAUAAUCUAUAUUGAUAUUUAUCUAAUUUCCUGAGACAUAAUGAAUGUUUAGAGAAUUUAAAACUCUUAACAGAAAUUGUCUAACAAUAUUUUAAUGGUAGAUUUUUUAAAUAUGUAGUCUUUUUGCAGUUUUGCACAGAGCAUUAUAUAAUAUCGCUAGUCAAAGCCUACACAUUUUCUAUCUCAAAUGGUCAAACUGCGUGAACUAUUUUGUAAUAAAUUUCUUGUGAUUUAAACUGCAUGCAUUUUUAUUAUGACCCACCAAUAUUUCAUCAAGGACGUUUCUUGAAUAUCAACAGCAGGAAUAUAUUUUGUAAAACUUUUCAGUACCACUGCUCCCCCAAUAGUACAUGAAGUUUUCAUAGGAAAUAAUUUACCAAAAAAAGAGAGGUUCAAUAAGACACACAUUUAAUCUAGUGACUAUCUGUAAACCCUUCGUCUCAUUAGAAUUCUUACCACUUCAAAACU